AUGACUACAGAGAACUUCACCUGGACCAGGGUUACUCCUACUGAAUUCAUCCUCCUGGGCAUCACGGAUCGCUGGGACCUACGAGUGACCCUCUUCCUGAUUUUCCUGCCAGUCUACCUGGUCAGCCUGCUGGGAAAUGUGGGCAUGGUGCUGCUGAUCCGUAUGGAUGCCCGGCUCCAAACACCUAUGUACUUUUUCCUGGCCAACCUCUCCCUGCUGGAUGCCUGCUAUUCCUCAGCCAUCGGCCCCAAGAUGCUAGUGGACUUGCUGCUGCCCCACGCCACUAUUCCUUACAUAGCCUGUGCCCUCCAGAUGUUUGUGUUUGCAGGGCUGGCUGAUGCUGAGUGUUGCCUGUUGGCAGCCAUGGCCUAUGACCGCUAUGUGGCCAUCAGAAACCCUCUCCUCUACACAACAGCCAUGUCUCGGUGUGUAUGCCUGGCCUUGCUGGGAGCAUCAGGUCUGAGUGGGGCAGUGAGUGCCUUUGUCCACACAACCCUCACCUUCCGCCUGAACUUCUGCCAGUCUCGGGAGGUCAACAGCUUCUUCUGUGAUAUCCCUCCACUGCUGGCCAUCUCUUGCAAUGACACCAGUCUCAAUGAGCUCCUCCUCUUCACUGUCUGUGGCUUCAUCCAGACAGCCACUGUGUUGGUCAUUGCCGUGUCAUAUGGUUUCAUUGCUGGGGCUGUGAUUCGCAUGCAUUCGGCAGAAGGCCGUCAGCGAGCAGCCUCUACCUGUGGCUCUCACCUCACAGCUGUGGCCAUGCUGUACGGAACACUUACUUUCAUGUACCUGCGUCCCAGCUCCAGCUAUGCCCUGGAUACCGACAAGAUGGCAUCUGUGUUCUACACUCUUGUCAUCCCAGCUCUCAACCCGCUCAUCUACAGCCUCCGCAACAAGGAGGUCAAGGAGGCAGUCAGAAAGACUUGGAGCCGAUUCUGCUGCCCUGGUCCAGAGCACUAA